AUGAACAUGGAUAAAGAACCAACUGUGACAUACAGGGGCCCCCGAGAUGCAAGCACUCGGUCGGAGGCCCCGCGACCAGAUGAAGAAUUCGCCGACCCAUUGGCUGCGCCCUUGAAGCGCCAGCUGAAAUCGCGACAUUUGCAGAUGAUUGCGAUUGGAGGAAUUAUCGGGCCAGGUUUGCUUGUCAGCUCGGGGAAUGCGCUGGCUGAGGGGGGACCCGCGGGGGCUUUGAUCAGCUUUUCACUGGUCGGGAUCAUUGUCUUUUUUGUGAUGCAAUCCCUGGGCGAGAUGGCCACUUUGAUCCCUGUGACAGGAUCCUUUACCGAGUAUGCUGAGCGUUUCAUUGACGAUUCGCUUGCAUUUGCACUGGGAUGGGCGUAUUGGUAUCUGUGGGUCCUCGCCAAUGAAUACAAUGCCAUAUCGCUCGUUAUUGGCUAUUGGACCGACGCAGUGCCGCAGUGGGGAUGGAUCCUUAUAUUCUGGGUCAUGUUCCUGACGCUCUCCAAUCUGGGCAUUCUGGCGUAUGUCUUGGCUUUAAUCGUGUUCUUUAUUUUGGCGAUCAUCAUAAGCUCCGGUGGCAUUGGGCCUCAUAAAAUUGGCUUUGAAUACUGGCACAAUCCUGGAGCCUUUGCAGACUCAAUCAAUGGAGUUGCAAAGACCUUUGUCGUUGCAGGCACGCUUUAUGCUGGAACCGAAAUGGUCGGAAUCACAGCCGGAGAGUCUGCAAACCCUCAAAAGGCAGUGCCAAAAGCCAUUAAGCAGGUCUUUUGGCGUAUUCUGAUUUUCUACGUCGGUACCAUCUUUUUCAUUGGCAUCCUGAUUCCUUGGAACGACGACAGACUGUUGGGAUCAACCUCGAAGACUGCUAGCUCACCUUUGACAAUCUCAUUGCAAGACGCUGGAAUUCUUCCCGCCGCUCAUCUAAUUAACGCCUUGAUCGUGAUCAGUGUCAUUUCUGCGGGAAACAGCUCCCUGUACGUGGCAUCGAGAACCUUGCUCUUCAUGUCUCGGAACCGAAAGGCUCCAAAAUUCAUCGGGCGAACGAACAAGCUCGGUGUGCCGUGGGUUGGCUUGAUUUUCACAAAUAUCUUUGCCUGUAUCGUAUUCUUGGGCCAAUCCUCCAGUGCGGGCCGGGUGUACUCAGCCUUAAUUACCCUUUCUGGCGUGUGCACGUUCAUCGUGUGGUCUGUUAUAGGAAUCGCUCACAUCCGCUUCCGCCAAGCGCUAGUCGUGCAGGGCCAAGACCCAUCGAAGCUCCCUUACCAAGCCAUCUUCUACCCCUAUGGAACAUACCUCUCAUUGGCAGCCAAUGUGUUCCUCAUAUUCUUCCAAGGAUACACGUGCUUCCUCAACCCCUUCAGCUCGACCGAUUUUGUGAUCAACUAUAUCCUUCUCCCGGUGUUCCUGCUAUUCGUCCUUGGCUACAAGUUUUGGAACAAGACUCGCUUGGUCAAGUUGGAAGACAUGGAUAUCUGGACCGGACGAAGAGAGAUAGUCCAAUCCGAUGAGAUUGAAUCGCCCAAGUCACGAACAUGGUGGUCUCGCAUUUACUCGAUUGUGAUCGGAUAA